AUGGCAGCACACAAUGGGGAUCUUACAGUAAGACCCACUUGCAAGCCUGGCUUUUCGGAAGAAGAUUACACCGCCUCGGUUUCCCCGAACAUCGCGGAAGGGCAGAAGUUACUCAAAGUAAAAUUUAAUGGCUGUGCUGGGAACAAGGGAGUUCGGUAUGAAACCAACAACUUGGACUUCAAGGUGAGGACAGAUGGGACUGUCUAUGCUGCCCAUCCGGUGCACACCCCUUUGAAGCAGACAAUGUUUGUGGUGACUGCAUGGGACCACCAAACCCUGGAGAGAUGGGAAACAAUGGUCAGACUGUUGGUGGGAGAGAAGUUGCAACACAGUGGUCACAAGCAAAAAGGAAAGAAGAACGCAUCUGCUGACCUUAUACAGCAACAGAGUGACACUUUGCUGCCAUGGCGCCAGCACCAAAAUUCGAACGGGCUGAGACGGCAAAAGAGAGACUGGGUCAUUCCACCAAUCAAUGUACCGGAAAACUCGAGAGGUCCUUUUCCACAACAGUUGGUUCGGAUUCGUUCUGAUAAGGACAGUGAGAUCCACAUCAGAUACAGCAUCACUGGAGUAGGAGCCGACCAGCCUCCUAUGGAAGUCUUCAGCAUUGAUCCCGUAUCUGGCAGGAUGUACGUCACCCGUCCAAUGGACAGAGAAGAAAGGGCUUCCUACCAUCUCAGGGCUCAUGCAGUCGAUAUGAAUGGAAACAAGGUGGAGAACCCCAUUGACCUCUACAUCUAUGUGAUUGAUAUGAAUGACAACAGACCUGAGUUUAUAAACCAAGUCUAUAAUGGAUCUGUUGAUGAAGGAUCUAAACCAGGUACCUAUGUGAUGACAGUGACUGCAAAUGAUGCAGAUGAUAGUACUACAGCCAAUGGGAUGGUGAGAUACCGAAUUGUAACUCAGACCCCACAGAGUCCAUCGCAGAAUAUGUUUACCAUUAACAGUGAAACGGGAGACAUUGUCACAGUGGCUGCUGGACUGGACAGAGAGAAAGUUCAGCAAUACAUAGUCAUCGUUCAGGCUACAGAUAUGGAAGGAAACCUUAACUAUGGUCUCUCAAACACAGCAACUGCAAUCAUUACGGUGACAGAUGUGAAUGACAAUCCACCAGAAUUCACUACCAGCACUUAUUCAGGGGAGGUGCCCGAAAACCGCGUGGAAGUUGUAGUCGCAAAUUUAACGGUGAUGGACCGGGACCAGCCCCACUCGCCCAACUGGAAUGCCGUGUACCGCAUCAUCAGCGGAGACCCCUCGGGCCACUUCACCAUUCGGACGGACCCCGUCACCAACGAAGGCAUGGUAACUGUGGUGAAGGCAGUGGAUUAUGAGAUGAACAGAGCUUUCAUGUUGACGGUGAUGGUGUCAAACCAAGCUCCGCUGGCAAGUGGAAUCCAGAUGUCCUUCCAGUCUACCGCGGGAGUCACCAUUUCAGUCACAGACGUCAAUGAGGCACCGUAUUUCCCAACCAACCAAAAGUUAAUCCGACUGGAGGAAGGGGUGCCCACGGGGACGGUGCUGACGACGUUUUCAGCUGUGGAUCCCGACCGCUUCAUGCAGCAAGCAGUAAGAUACUCGAAGCUGUCAGAUCCUGCAAACUGGCUGAACAUUAAUGCCACAAACGGUCAGAUCACUACUGCUGCUGUCCUUGAUCGAGAGUCAGCCUACAUUAAGAAUAAUGUCUACGAGGCCACAUUCUUGGCGGCUGACAACGGUAUCCCCCCGGCGAGCGGCACUGGCACACUGCAGAUCUACCUAAUUGACAUCAAUGAUAAUGUCCCGGAGCUGCUGCCAAAGGAGGCGCAGAUCUGUGAAAAGCCCAACCUGAAUGUCAUCAACAUAACAGCCGCAGACGCUGACAUCGAUCCAAACGUGGGGCCCUUCGUCUUCGAGCUGCCAAGCAUGCCAUCUGCAGUGAGGAAGAACUGGACCAUCACCCGGCUAAAUGGUGACUAUGCCCAGCUCAGUUUGCGAAUAAUGUACCUGGAGGCCGGUGUGUACGACGUCCCAAUCACCGUGACGGAUUCGGGGAACCCUCCCUUGUACAAGACGUCUAUCAUUAAAGUGAAAGUAUGUCCGUGUGAUGAGAAUGGAGACUGCACAACCAUCGGGGCCGUUGCGGCCGCUGGCCUGGGCACAGGUGCCAUCAUUGCCAUCUUGAUAUGCAUCAUUAUUUUGCUGACCAUGGUUUUGCUGUUUGUGGUGUGGAUGAAGCGCAGGGAAAAGGAACGGCAUACGAAGCAGCUGCUGAUCGACCCCGAGGACGACGUCAGGGACAACAUUCUGAAAUACGACGAGGAAGGAGGCGGAGAGGAAGACCAGGAUUAUGAUUUAAGCCAACUUCAGCAGCCAGAGACCAUGGAUCACGUCUUGAACAAGGCAGCUGGAGUCAGACGGGUAGAUGAGAGACCUGUCGGUGCUGAACCCCAGUAUCCUAUAAGACCAGUAAUCCCCCAUCCUGGGGAUAUUGGUGACUUUAUUAACGAGGGCCUGAGAGCAGCUGAUAACGACCCCACUGCCCCACCCUACGAUUCUCUACUGGUCUUUGACUAUGAGGGCAGUGGUUCUACCGCGGGCUCCGUCAGCUCCCUCAACUCCUCCAGUUCUGGUGAUCAGGAUUAUGACUACCUUAACGACUGGGGGCCCAGGUUCAAGAAACUGGCAGACAUGUACGGGGGAGGAGAGGAAGAUUAAACUGACCUCAUAUUGUUGUUAAAAAAAAGAAGAAGAAAAAAAAUUUUUAAAAAAGAUGACGAUGGUAAAAAUAGAGACGACAAAGAAGCAAGAAGUGUACAGAAGUGGCAGCUUUUUUAAUUAAUAUCCCCUGCUGACUGUAUUAUUUUUAGUGGUGAUUUAGGAGGUUUCUUUUUUCUUUCUUUUUUUUUUUAAUUUUUUGGGGUUUUUUUGACAUUUUGCUGUCUAGCAUGAACACUGGUCUCUGCUGCAUUUUUUUUUGUUAAACGUCAGCUGGGAUAUCGCUCGUUUAUCCGCUUUAUGACUAAAGAGAGUGAAAGGCACUCUGUCUUAACUUGAAUUUCUUAGAACAGAAGCACUGUUUUUAAAAUAUAUAUAUAUAUAUAUUUGAAAGUGCCUUUUGGUACGUGUAUCAGAUUCCCUUCAAUCUCAGGAGUGAUCAGAACAAGCAUACAAAAAAAGAAAUGUUUCAACCAUCUUGGGCAACACUCUCUAUGACCCUAAGCCAGUUUUAGCUGGGAAGGAGUUAACAAAACAGAACUGUGGAGAUUGUUUCUUUUUGGCCUUUUUUUUUUUUAAAGUGGGUGACUCAUUUUGAGGGAGGGGGAAAACAAGAAGUUUUGAGUCAAAAAUCUUAACAGCCAUCUUUAAGCCUCAGCAGGUGGUGAAUUAGUCAUCAUGUUGUAUAUAAUUCAGUGUUAUCAGAUGCAAAAUAUUGACUGGGGUUCCUUCUGUAACCUGGUCACACUUGAUGUAGCUGCAUAGAACUAUAGCAUUGAUAAGCCUUUGGUUAUUGCAACAGAGAUCUCAAACAGACCUUGCAUAAACCCUACAGUUAAUCGUGAAAUGACCAAAGGCCCAUUUGUUUGUUUUUUGCUCUUGGCGUGUUUUUGGCUCCCACACCUUAUUGAGUAAUGUAAAUAAUGGCUGGGUUACAUGGUGCUGUCAUGCAUCCCGAAUGGUGCUUGUUAGUAUGAAGACCAAUGCUGUUUUCUUAACUCAACGUAAGGACAUAACAUAACUCAGGGGUGGGCAAAAUGUGGCCCGGGGGCCAGAUGCAGCCCCAAAGGCCAUUCUGUCUG